AUAAUCAGACACACGCAACCAUAGGACGACGGAGAGGAGAAACCGGAUCCGCCGCUGACAACAACAACAAACACACAGAUGUGUCGAACAACGCCGCGUCCCGGUCGCUGAGAUGCCGGUAACGGAGCGGAGAGGACGCGACGCGUGGUCGAGCUGCUGGCGCGUGCUUCUGCUCGCUGCGUCCGCGCUCGUGCUGCUGGCGGAGAGAGCGGCGCUGAUCUGCUGUGUGGGCUUCUACCUGUGGCAGGAGGAGCUGAGCUUGGCCGGUCUGACCUUUGCUCUCUUGUUACCGGGGUCAAUGGUGCAGGUGUUGAGUUUCAGAUGGUACAGGGCCGACGGAGACAAACGCACAGGCCACAAUUUCAUCAUACACACUCUUCACUUGGGCAUUUUCAAAAGAUUUUGGGAUUGCAGUGUGUGUGAAUGGACCGCUCAGGGCUCGUCGCAGUCGCAUGCGAAGGAAGUGAUGCGGCAGGCGGAUGUGUCUGCGUUGCGUCUGCUGGAGGUCUUGCUGAUGACUUUACCUCAGACGCUCCUGCAGAUGUACGCUCUCAGCGUUACCGGCUACGGCCUCUCGUCUCCAGUGGCUCUGUGCGAUGCCGUGUGUUUGCUCUCGCUGUCCUGGGCGCUGGUGCUCUACAGUCGGGCCUGUUGUUUGAUCCGUCCGGGACAUUUGCAGAUGCCACCAGCAGCGCUCCUGUGCCAGCUCCUGUGGAGGACGGGCAUGUUAGCCGCCCGCUUCACCAGCCUCGCCCUGUUCACACGCACCUUCGGCUGCUGGGUCAUCGGGGUCGUGGCGUCUCAUUGGUUGAUGGCUGCGCUGUGGUUGGUCUCCCAGCAGACUGAUAUAUAUGUGGGUCAUUGGUCAUGGCGCGUGUUUAACUUCAUUCUGGGAGGCGUACAUGUGUUCCUGUUUCUCAACGUGAAGGACGGACCGUCCCGGUUCCGGAUGGCAGGAUUCUAUACGGUGAUGCUGCUGGAGAAUCUUACACUGCUAUUGGCUGCAUCUGACAUCCUGACUGAUGCAUCAUGGGAUAGCCUGAUCGUCCCCACUGCGGUGCUGUGCAGCUUUCUGCUCGGUUUGACAUCCCUGAUGUUGUACUAUCGUUUCCUGCAUCCCAAAUCCACUGAAAUCUCUCAGGGUUUGCGUCAGCGGGCACACAUGGGCCGAGAGUGUCUUCAGCAGGGCAAUUCAUCCUUCUCUCUGGGGGACAAAAGUCUUCCUCCGGCCCCUCUUCCCAUCCUCUUCCCGUCCUCUCACGCUUCCUUCUCCCUCUUGGGGAUUCCUGGGUCUCUACUGGAGCAUCCCGGGAGCUGUGGUGUGAAGCUGGAUGGCGAGUGCCGUCACCAUCACUGGCUGCUGAUCCGUCUCGCCCUGAAAACCGGAGACCCGGCAAAGAUUAACGGGGCGUACGGGGCGGGGGGAGUAUCCGGGAUACUGAUGGUGGAUCGGAAGGGGGAAAUCAUUGAAGACGGGUGUGUGUCCAACUCGGAAAGCCGUGACGACACGAUGGCCGACUGCAGGGAAGAGUUUGAGAGCGUGAGCGAAGCGGGAGAGGAACCGGAUGAGGAUGACAGUCUCGAAAUGCAGAGCCCAUUAGAGUCGCCCGUCUCCGAGUGCAAGAGGAGCUCGCCGGAGGGGAAGUCUGUGUUUGGGGACAGUCCUGAACACAAUUACUGCCCCACCGAAUCCAGCUCCACUAUAUACUUCAGCGCCGACCCACAAUCCCCGAGCAGCUCCAGUAACCCGCGUCUGGACCGCGAGACGCCCUUCGGUUUCGGCUCUGGAACCGGGCUGGAAACGCUGGACGAGCUGAGUCCCAUUUCCAUAGAAGGCGGGAUGCACAGGGAUCUCGUCCGGGGGCUUCUGGGCCGAGCGGGACCCUGCUACACCUCUGCUCCCGGACUGAACGGAGAGAGUUCGGGAAGCCACCUCAGAGGCCCCCGUCGACAGGUGGUUCUGUCCCGCAGGGGUCCGGAAGAGGACGGUGGGUUUUAACAGCAUUUACCAUACCAACUUUAAGGGGCGUUCACACUGACAGA